AUGCAUCAACCACCGGGAUAUCAAAACAAGGAACUUCCAGACUAUGUGUGCAAGCUCAACAAAGCCAUUUAUGGCUUGAAACAGGUUUCUCGUGCCAGGAACUCUCGCUUUGCUACUUUUGUCACUAACAUGGGUUUCAAAUGCAGUCACAGUGAUGCCUCCCUUUUCAUAUUCAACAAAGGAUCACGCCGAGCUUCUCUUCUUCUCUGCGUAGAUGACAUUAUCCUGACUGCGUCUGAUGACAAAUUCCUCAACCAGAUUAUUGCGAAGUUACAAACAGAGUUUCCAGUGUCCGAUUCUGGUAAACUACACUUCUUUCUUGGUGUUAAAGCUGGGUUCAUCAAUGGCGGCAUCUUCCUCAGUCAAAAAGCCUAUGCUACAUACAUUAUUAAUCACGCUGGUAUGAAGGACUUCAAACCUCUGGCUACUCCCGUGGACUUAAACUUAAAGCUCAUGGCUGAUGUAGGUGAACGAGUUCCGGAUCCUACUCAAUAUUGCAGACUUGCGGGCGCUCUUCAAUAUUUAGCAGUCACUCGUCCAGAUAUAUCAUAUGCAGUUCAUCAGAUAUGUCUCUAUAUGCAUGAUCCGAGACUUCCUCAUCUUCAUGCUCUCAAGCGCAUUAUACGAUAUCUCCAAGGAACGUCAGGCUUUGGCUUACAACUCCUCAAAGGGCGCAUCGAUGAACUCGUAGCUUACUCAGACGUGGACUGGGCUGGCUUUCCUGAUACUCGUCGCUCUACCUCUGGAUGCUGCGUGUUCUUAGGCUCUAACCUCAUCUCUUGGUCUUCAAAAAGACAGCCUACCACUUCUCGCUCAAGUGCAGAGUCAGAGUAUAAAGGUAUAGCCAAUGCAGUAGCUGAGCUCACUUGGAUACACAAUCUCUUGCUCGAGCUGGGUUAA